CGUUGAUGCAUUCAUACUCGAGAUCAAUCGCUACAUAUCAAUCGCCCCGUUUACUUUACGAAAAUCUACAAAGGAUUCUAAACUAGGAGAUUAUUUCAUUCCAAAGGAUACACAGGUUUGGGUGAAUUUGUUUGGUGUUCACCACGAUGAGCGCUACUUUGCUGAUCCAUGGGCGUUUAAACCAGAACGUUUCCUUGACGAGAAUGGUGACGUGAUUCCAGUUGAUCAAAGAAAGAUGCUGAUGCCAUUUGGAGCAGGAAGGCGUGUUUGUGUCGGUGAACAGUUGGCGAGGGCGCGAUUAUUUCUCUUCUUUACUGCAAUGCUGCAGAAGUUCAC